CAGCAGGAUUCCCGCCGCCCCGUGGGGCAUGCGGAGAGCGGCCGGGAGGGACAUGAGCCCGCCGGGCACCGCAGCCCAGCGCCAGCGGCGCCUCCGGCGGCUGCUCCUGCUGCUGUUGCUCCAGGCCGGCCGCCCUGCGCAGGGGCAGCGGGCUGCAACAAAUAGUUCAGUCCCAGAUAUCUGUGCCACUUGCCAUGCUAACGCCAUGUGUCAGCAAAAAGAAGGCAAAAACGUCUGCAUCUGUAACUAUGGAUUUGUGGGUAAUGGGAGGACUCAUUGUCAAGAUAAAGAUGAAUGCCAGAUUGGAGCGAGUAAGAUCUGUGGCGAGCAUACAUCAUGUCACAAUACACAUGGAAGUUUUUACUGCAUUUGUCUUGAAGGAUACCAUCCCUCUAACAACAACAAGACAUUUAUCCCCAAUGAUGGCACGUAUUGUACAGAUAUAGAUGAGUGCCAGCUGUCAGGUCUGUGUGGUGUCGGGGGACAAUGUGUGAACACUGUUGGAAGUUACCACUGCUACUGUAUGGAAGGAUAUAGACCAGAAAAUGGAACAGAAUUUUUUCAUCCAUCUGGAAAUACUGUUUCGUGCAAAGCUGUGGAUUGUGGGGUCCCACCUUCUGUCUUGAAUGCAUAUUCAGAUCCUGUAGGGACCACCACCUAUGGAAGUGAAGUUGCUUAUAAUUGCCUGCAUGGUUAUGUUAUUGAAAGUGGUAACCAGACUGCAGUUUGUAAUGCCAAAGGACAAUGGGAAGGUGCUGAUCUGGUGUGCAAAGAAAUAGACUGUGGCAGACCUUUGUGGAUUCCACACGCAGAAAUGAUCUGGGACAACUCCACAACUCUAGGAAGCAUGGUGUAUUAUAAAUGUAGUGAAGGGUUUCAUUUUAGUGGAGAGAAGAAUUUUUCACAAUGCACAAUAAUUCAGAAAUGGGAAAAUAUCACAGGUGUAUGUGAAGUAACAGAUUGUGGCAGACCUCCUUCAAUCCCCAACACAGACAUGAUUUGGAACAACAUUUCCCAGCUGGGGAGUGCAGUGCACUACCAAUGUAAAAAGGGAUUCCGCAGCAUAAGUGGGAGGAAUACGUCACGUUGUACUUAUAAUGGAUCCUGGGAAAUUCCAGCUCUAAUAUGUAUAGAAGUAGACUGUGGUAUUCCUCCACCAAUACAACAUGCUGAGCUAGUGUGGAAUCCCAGUUCGAGUCUUGGAAGUGUGGUGCAGUAUUCAUGUCAGAAGGGAUUUGAAUAUGCUGAUGGAAACAAUAUUUCAGUUUGCACAGAAGAAGGUGUUUGGGUAAAAAGCACUUUAACAUGCACAGUGAAGGCAGCCAUUGGAAAUGUGUCUAUAUUUAAUCAAACCUGUGUGAAGUGGAGAAGGAAAGAGGAAGGAUUCAGCAAUGUUUCAGUAUUUAAUGAUACCUGUUUGAAAUGGAAGAGACAUUCUGGAAGAAUUGGGGUGAAGGAAACCUACCUAUUUCACAUACAGGCACAACAGGGAUACUUGGUGAAAUCCUCCCAUGAAAUGAUGAUGAACUUCACCACUGAGGAGGAGAACCCAGAGGUGUGUUUGCCUCUACACCUGGGUGUAAACUACACUGUGACUAUCACUGAGGCAUCUACCAAGGUUCUUUUACAAAUCCCCAUAAUGCUCCCAGCAACGGAAGAGGAAUUGCUCAGCAAUGUGUCCAUAUUUAAUGAAACCUGUGUGAAGUGGCAGAGAAAAGUUGCAAGAGCUGGGACAAAGGAAACAUACACAUUUCAUAUAUUGGGACGAAGAUGGCACCAGAAGGAAUUCUCUCGUGAAAUGAUAUUUAACUUCACAACAGGUGAAGAGACUCCAGAGGUGUGUUUAGAGCUGAACUCUGAUGCUAACUACACGGUGAACAUUACUACAGCAUCCUCUAAGGGGACCUCAGCCCUAAUUACUAUAGCAAUUAAGACAGAGGUAAAGGAAGCCUUCAGUAAUCUGCUGAUACUUAAUGACACCUGCUUGAAAUGGAGGCGAAGAGUAAGGAGAGCUGGUAGGAAGGAAAUCUAUUCGUUUCACAUACAGGGUCAACGCUGGUAUCAGAAGGAGUUCUUUCAUGAAAUGGCCUUUAACCUCACCGCUUACGGACAGACUCCAGAGGUGUGUCUUGAUUUGCGCCCAGGCACCAAUUACACUGUGAAUAUUUCCAUGGCAGCUUUGGAUCUUUCUGUGCUAGUUUCCAUGACAACUCCAAUUAUUGAUCCUCCAUUCCCAGAAAUAGAGUUUGUUACCGUACACGGUCCUGCACCAGCACUCAGCCUACGAAAAGCAGAAGAUAGAAAUGGACCUAUCAGUUUUUAUCAAGUGAUUGUGCUUCCCUUGGCCUUGCAAAGCACAUUUACUUGUGAUUCCCUGGCUGCUGUGACUUUCUUUAGCAAUGCCACUGAUGCUGAGGGGUAUGUGGCAGCUGAAUUCCUCGCCGAGGAUGUUGCUGACAAUAUGCUGAUCUCUCUUGGAGACAGACAUUACUAUGGGGCAUUCUAUAAUGCUCCCUUAAAGCAGGGGAAAGAUUACUGUGUGGUACUGAGAAUUAUAAGCCAAUGGAAUAAGAUGAGGACACAAUCUUGUGCAGUUUGGGCACAAAUUGAAGGUAAGCUAGAUUUUUUUUUUCCUUUCUCCCUCACCAGUUCUUAUCUCCACAGCACAGUCCAUAUACCUCCAGCUGCACUGGCCAAAGGAGUAUCCUAUGAGACUACCAUGGAUGCUGCAGGAGGGGGUAUUGCAUCAUCUUUCCUAGAGAUUGAAAGUGUGUCUCUUCUGUAAUGCAUUCAUCUCCCAUUUGCCUAGAAGACAGAAGGAGAGAGAAUCCAGAAUCUCUUUGUUACAUCAAUACUGCACUGCCCUUUACUGUAUCUGCACACCCUACGCCAACGACUACAUGAACAGUUGGCGUUUGAAAUGGAAAGUGAGAUACUCAGG